AUGAGCUCGUCAACUCCGCCUCGUCCCGGGGGCGGCGGAAGUUCCAGAAGCGGCGGCGAUUCUAACCGUCGAUCCGCCGCCAGUGGCCUGGCGCCGUCGCGUCCCCGCACCGCCGAAUGCCGCAUCGAGAGCGGAUCGAGCGAGAUCGGCGCGGCGGCGUUCCCCUCGCUUCCGCCAAUGCUUUCCGCCGCUGCGCCGCCUCGCAGUCCGCGCGCAGCCGCUGGAGACGUCGUCCCGCGGAGGGCGCGCGGACUGACGGUGACUAGUCUCGUGGUUCGGGAAGAAUCCCCCAGCGGAGGCGCCGCGGGUUUUGCUGCGGCGGUGGCGGCUUCCGCCGCCGUGCGCAGCCCGAACGCGGAAGCUGUUCGGCGGAGAGCCGCGCCGUCGCUCGAGAUGGACGCGGAGUGGCGCGUCAAUGCAGCGGCGGCUUCCGCCGCAGAGCCUGCGAUCCGCGGUCGCCCAGCAGAAAGCGCAGGGGACAAGGAAGGCAGCACAAGCAAAGGCGGAAGCUGCAAGAAAGGCGCAUCUGGCGGCAAUGGGGGCGCAAAGGAUCACGGGGAGUCAGUCGCGGGAACCCGCGGCGCUGCCUCCGCGGAAAGCAGCAGCGCCGCCGCCGCCGCCGCUGGCGGUUACUCAUCUGACGACAGCAGUCGCGGACGAUGCGCGGACGCUGGCAGCGGAUGCUUCCCCCUCUUGCGCUUCGGCCACGGGGGAGGGAAAAGUAGCACCACGGCUGAGCGCAAGCACCUCAGCGCCAAUGGGUCCCCCGCAGGUUCCGCCAACGGGUCCGCCGCUGGUUGCGCUUCCGCGGCGGCCACAGGUAUUCCACCGGCUGUGAGAGGCGGUAGCAAAAUCACUGGUAAAGCAACGGAAGAAACAGCAGCAGCAGAAGCCGCGCUGGCUGAUCAGCAAACGCCUGCUCUGCCCUCCCCUGAAGCCGCCAGUGGCUCUCCCACCUUGCUUCACCUUCCCGCCGCCGCCGCGUCCUCUCCUCGUCAUCCGCGCGUCUCCAUCGAGGCACCUCUGCUGCCUCUGCAGCAUCAAAACGCCUCUCCGCGCCAUCCGCUCCAUUCCCCCCAUCCGCCUCAUUCCCCCCAUCCGCCUCAUUUCCCCCAUCCGCCUCAUUCCCCCCAUCCGCCUCAUUCCCCCCAUCCGCCUCAUUCCCCCCAUCCGCCUCAUUCCCCCCAUCCGCCGCAUACCCCGCAUCCACCCACGUCGCCGUCGCCUCGUCACGCGCCGUCCCCCCGCCCUGGGCUGACCCGUCGCGUUGCCUCGUCGCCUCGAUUAGACCGACUCCUCUUCCCCUCCUCUCCUCGCGCCUCCACUGCUCCUCCUGGUCCCCCGCCUUUGCACAGUAAUCAUAACAGUCAUCGUUACAACCGCCAUCGCACCGCCCGUAGAGCCGCGUCUGUGUCAGAGCGCGAUUUCAAGAUCUUCGAUGGGUUAGAGGGCUCAGAUGCAAGCGCUAGCAGUCGCGCCGAGCGUACUGGGAUGACUGGCAACCGUCGCACCGCCCGUAGAGCAGGCUCCGUGACAGAACGCGAUUUGGGGGCUUUCGAAGCUUUCGAGGCGGGUUCUUUAGAAGCAGGUUGCUUAGAAGCAGGCUCCUGCAGGAAUGAUCAUGCGAGGCCUGCUUGCACACUCCACACGCCUGCUUGCACGCUCCCCGGACCUGGAUCCGCCACAGAACGCGCCAUCUCCCCUUCCGCCACUUCCCCUCACCCCGUGACUCGUUCCCAGUCCGCCCCCGGGAUCGCCCGCAGCUGUCCCCCAUGCGGGCCUGGAUUCGCCACCGAGCGCGCCACUUCCCCUUCCGCCACUCCCCCUUCCGCCACUCCCCAUUCCGCCACUCCCCAUUCCGCCACUCCCCCUUCCGCCACUCCCCCUUCCGCCCCUCCCCUUGCCCCCGUGACUUGUUCCAAGUCCGCCCCCGGGAUCGUCCGCAGCUGUCCCCCACCAGACUACACUCCUGGCCCGUGCCCUUCCCCUUCCCCCUCCCCUUCUGAUUCCCCCUUUGCUCUAGCCCCCUCAGCCUCCCCCCAUGCGCCCCUGCCUUUCCCCUUCCCACCCCCAUUCCCCCAACACAACCCCUCCCCGUCCUGUUUCCCCCGCCCCCCUCCCCUUACCACAUCCCCGACUCAACCGGAACCUUCCGCCUCUUCCCCUCAGUCCCCAGCUUCCCCCUGCCAUUCCCCCACCUUUCCCUGUCUCAUCCUCCCAGAGCCUUCCGCCAAUCCUCCCCCCAUCUCCCCAUCCAAGCCCCCCCGCGUCCCCUUUCGUUCCCCUCGAAUUUCCCCCUCUUCCUCCAUUGGAGCCCCAUAUCCUGCUGACAAUUCAGGGGGAAAGAGCAUCGGCGACUCGGGCGGCGGCGCGAUGAACUCGCCGACUCGACCUCGCUCCCACACCGACAGAUGCGGCGGCGAUUCUAUCCGUCGAUCUGCCGCCAAUGGCGCAGCGCCGUCGCGUCCGCGCACCGCCGAAUGCCGCAUCGAUAGCGGAACCAUGAUCACGACGCCAUCGUCAGCUGCCGCGGAGAUCGGCGCGGCGGCGUCCCCCUGGCUUCCGCCACUGCUUUGCGAAGCCGCACCACGCAUCCCGCACGCCACAGCCGGCGGACUGACGGUGCCUAGUCUGGUGCUUCAGGAAGAACCCCCCCGGGGAGGCGGCGCCGGUUUUGCGGCGGUGUUGCCGGCUUCCGCCGCCGUGCGCAGCCCGAACGCGGAAGCUGUUCGGCGGAGAGCCGCGCCGUCGCUCGAGAUGGACGCGGAGUGGCGCGUCGAUGCGGCGGCGGCUUCCGCCGCGGAGCCUGCGAUCCGCGGACGCGCCGCGGAAAGCUCAAGCAGCAAGGAAGGCCGCGGAAACGAAUGCGGCGCAAGGAAGGGGCAAGCGCAGCCAUUUCAGGCGGCGAUGGCGCAAAGGAUAAUCGGGAACUACCCGCGAGGGGAAAAUGCUAUGGGUGGGCGAAAGAUAAUAAGCGCCGCCGGUUCCCGGGCUGGUUCUGCUGCUGGUUCCGCGGCGGUCACGGGUGUUCCGCCGCCGCCUACGCGCGGCGGACCUUCCGCCGACCUCUUCCGCGUGCGCGACGGCCGCUCGCGGUCGCACUCGGACGAGAGAGGUUUUCGCGAGACGAGCCGCGCUGGCGAUGGCGGUAGUACGAGCAUUGGCGACGGAAGGGGGGGCGGAGGGGAAAAAGGAGCAGAAAUUUUGUUCGAAGGGAAAGGGACAGCAGCAGCAGCGGCGCUGGCGGGUCGGCAAAAGCUCCCCUCUUCUUCUCCCGCCGCCAGCGACUCUUCCCCCUCUCCGCAUCUGCUUGCAAUGUUGUCUCCGUUUCAUGCGCCCCAUACUUCGCAGCCUCAUCAUGCUCCCAACGCUCCCCAUUCACCCCAUCCACCCGCGUCACCGUCGCCUCGCCAUGCGCCGUCCCCGCGACUCACCCGGCUCCUCCUCUUCUCCACUGCUCCGCAUGCUCCAGCUAGUCAGCCGUCCGCGCACGGCCACCAUCGCACCGCCCGUAGAGCUGCGUCCGCGUCAGAACGAGAUUUCAGGUCCUUGGAGGCGUUAGAGGGUGCAGCGGUGAGCGCUAGCGGCGUUAGAGGCGUUAGCGACCACACUGAGCGCAGUGCCGUGACUGGCAGUCAUCACCGCGUCGCACGCAGAGCAGGUUCUGUGACAGAACGCGGCUCUGGAGCCUUCGAGGCAUUAGAGGGCUCAGCGGCAGGCAUUAGUGACCGCACUGAGUGCACUGAGCGCACUGCGAUGGGCGGCAUUGGCAAUCAGCAUCGCAUCGCCCGUAGAGCAGGCUCCGUGAUAGAACGCGAUUCCGGGGCUUUUGAUUCGCUAGAGGGUUCCGAGGCAAGCGCUAGCAAUCGCUCUGAGCGCACUGCUGCUAUGACUGGCAGGAAUCACCGCGCCGCCCGCCGAGCAGGGUCCGUCACGGAACGCGUUUCUGGCGCUUUCGAUUCGUUAGAGGGCUCAGAGGCAAGCCCUGGCAAUGGCACCGAGUGCGCUGCUGCUAUUACUGGCAGGAAUCACCGCCGAGCAGGGUCCGUGAUAGAACGCGAUUCCGGGGCUUUUAAAGCUUUCAAAGAAUUCGAAGCAGGUUGUAGCAAGCAUGAUGCGAGGUUAACUUCCCGUUCCGCCACUCCCCCUUCCCUCACUCCCCCUUCCGCCACUCCCCCUUCCGCCACUCCCCCUUCCGCCAAUCCCCCUUCCGCCACUCCCCCUUCCGCCACUUCCCCUUCCGCCUCUCCCCUUUCCGCCAUAACUCGUUCCAAGUCCGCCCCUGGGAGCGUACGCAGCUGUGCCCCUGGAUCCGCCACUCCCCCUUCCUCCACUCCCCCUUCCGCCACUCCCCCUUCCGCCACUCCCCCUUCUGCCACUCCCCCCUCCGCCACUCCCAUUGCCCCGGUGGCCCGUUCCAAGUCCGCCCCUGGGAGCGUACGCAGCUCUGCCUUUGGGUCCGCCACUCCCCCAUCCGCCACUCCCCCUUCCGCCACUCCCCCUUCCGCCACUCCUCCUCCCGCCUUUUCCCCUUCCGCCACUCCCCUUGCUCCCCCUGUGGCCCGUUCCAAGUCCGCCCCUGGGAGCGUACGCAGCUGUGCCCCUAGAAAAUCCCCUGCCACAUCCCCUUCCCCCUCCUUUUCCCUCUCAACUUCUCGCUCCCCUUCCCCCACCGCUCCCCCCUCCACCCUAGCCCCCCCGACCUCCCCCCGUGCGUCCCUGCCUUCCCCUUCCCCCCCGCCAUUCCGCCAACACAAGCCCCCCCCGUCCGGUUUCCCCCGUCCCCCUCCCCUUACCACACCCCCGACUCAACCAGACCCUUCCGCCAAUCUCCCCCCCAUCUCGCCAUCCAAACCCCCCCGCUUCCCCACACGUUCCCCCAAGAUUUCCCCCUCUUCCUCUGUGGGAGCUUCCCCUGCUGCUGACUCUUCUGGAGGGGAGAGGCUGGGGGAAGAGGGAGAGGUAGAGCUGCUACCGAGCCCAACCCUAAGAAACGGAUUUAGCAGGGGAAAGACGGACAGUUUCAACUUCCUGUCCUCUGUGGGGGCCUCCUGUCCUGCUGGCAGUCCAGGGGGGGAGAGGCUGGGGGAAGAGGGAGAGGACGGGGAAUCCCGGGAUCUGAGUGGAAACGAGAGUGGGGGAGAGGGGGAUAACAGUGGUGGUGGAAGGCGGAGAGAGGGAGUUGGCAGUGGUGGUGAUGGGCGAAGGGAGGGACUUGUGCCUCGGGCCCACUCGUCAGUGCUCCGGCCUCUCUCGGCUCACGGCACUUCACAAGGUCGCAUGUUGAGGCGUCGCAACACAUUAGAGUGGCCCACAGCCAGGACACGCGGCACUUUACAAGGUCGCACAGUGAAGGGUGCCUCCCACUGCAAGGCGCACAUAUCGGAAGCCCUGAAUCCCCAGAUGAGCGGUUAA